GGGACUGAGCACCGCUCGCUACAGACACACUCACACACAGUGUGCCUAAGCAAAGAGACGCUCCAGCGCCAAGUCUCUCAGACUCUUGAAGUAGGAGCGACUCGGUAGCAGCUUCUGUGGCAGUUAUCAAAGGAGCAGAAACGCUCCCUCAGGAAUUGCAACGAUCGGGCAAACCCAAAAAAAAAAAGAAAGAGAAAAGGCACCCCAGUUUGGACUGUCUCGUCAUGCAGCGACAGAGAGUUCUGGAGCUUUUCUGAGCGGAUCCAGCGGUGGCACAGUGAAAGGAACUCUGAACCAACUACAUUCACUGGCUUCCCUGCACUUCGCGUCUGGUGUGCACCGACAGUGCAAGAUUCGCUGUAAAGCCGCUCUUCAGCGUUUUCUCUGUUACAUGCACGGCCGAGGGGUUUAUGGGAAUAUUCCAGCCUGAGACUUUGGAACAUCCUCUGGAAAGAUAAAUGGCUGUCGUUUCAUGAAUUGAGAUUGCAUCCCACUGCGGCUCGUUUUUUCCUCCAAGUUGUUGGACAUUUUCAAGAAGGUGCACACACCGACUGCUGGAAUACCACAGGGGACUGGCUGCAUAGACGUAUUCCUCAGUCCGUGGAUUGUGCGCCCUGGGACCUUGUCAAACCCGAGAGCGUCCGGCGUCGUGAAGAGAAGCCACGUUCAUAAAAGCCGUGCGUAAAAAUAACAUUGGCCAAGGCAGCCCCUCAUUGCCGGGCGCGUGACAUUUAAAACCUGGUGAGUUCCUCUUUUGUGCGCCCUCCUCUCUCCCGGGACGCUGCGGAUCUAUUCUGUCUCUUUAGAAAACACUUCAUUCCAUGCAGCUCGCGCCUCGGCCGCUGUCAUCCAGUGUAGACAGGUCGUCGUGGCUUCGAGUCCCCGGGGUAACCAUGACAACCGAAAGAAACCCAAAGUGAAUCGAAAGGCAGCGGGGUGAGGCUGGAGAGUGCGUGACUAGAGUUUUCCCCCACUCGUUUUUGCGCUUAUUUGCUUUUAGACUGAACACUUUCCGCAAAGCGGGGCGACCACUUCGCGCUGCAGAGUUGCAAGUUGCAAAGUCGAAGGAGCCCUAAAAAGCAAAGCACUCCGCUCCAUGUCAUUCAAACCCGACGUGGUCUAUUAAAAGUAUCGCCUUGCUUGUGACUGAACUUCUACUAUUUAUGAAGCCCGGGCUCGGCAUUGCAGAGAACACAGCAACCGGGAGAAUAAGCGAAUCGUAUUUACGCGAGAAGUGCCGGUGCGUAAAACAGCAGGAAUAAUGGGCCUCUCACAAACGCUGCUCGUUUACGCGCUGGUGUGCGUUCACUUUGGAGUUUCCCAGCAUUACCUUCGCCUCCGUCCGUCGCCAAGUGAUCACCUGCCCGUGCCCGACCUGAAGGAGGACCCCGACCCGGAGUACGACCCCCGGGAGCAGGACCUGGCCGAGAGGACUCUGAGGAAAAAGCUCGGCAGCAACUUUGACCCCAACUUCAUGUCCAUCAGCUUGCCCAUGCUGGUGAACCACUCCGCGCCAGACAACCAGGUGAAGCUGCAGGGGCCCAUGCCGAACGAGAUUAAAAAGCUGGACCUCUCAGAGACCCCUUACGGAAAGCGGGUUAAGGUGGGCAAGAAAGCCCGCAGGAAAUUUCUGCAGUGGCUGUGGACCUAUACGCACUGCCCAGUGGUGUACACCUGGAAGGAUUUGGGCGUGAGGUUCUGGCCACGUUACAUCAAGGAGGGGAACUGUUUCUCCGAGCGCUCUUGCUCCUUCCCCGAGGGGAUGUCAUGCAAGCCCGUCAAGUCGAUCAACAAGAUCUUCCUCCGGUGGUAUUGUCAGGGGUUUCUAAGACAGAAAUACUGUACGUGGAUACAGGUGCAAUACCCAAUCAUCUCAGAGUGCAAGUGUUCGUGCUGAUUUGCUCUAAGGACGUAGCGGAGGUCGAGGGGGGAGUGGACUGGAAAUACGGUUACUAUUGCACUGUUAACUCUCUACAGAGAUGGGCACCAUAGCAAAUCUAUUUUUUUAUAUAGCAUUUUAAGUGAAAUACCAACAUUGUACAUAUUUAAGAAAAAUGCAGCUAUUUUUUCUAAUUGAACCAGGACCAUAUUUUAUUCUCAUCCCUGAAACGUUGUCUUUGGGGGAACACGAGCACUUCAUAAGGAAGAGCUUUUUUUGGGGGGGGGAUAUUUUUUAUGAGACAUUGAAGAUGGAAUGCAUAUGCUACACUUCUCCAAGAGGUGAACUUUUUUUUUUUCAACUGAACAUUGAUGCUGACUGUUAUUUCACUGCAAUGCUGCCUAGAGUUUUUUGUAUAAUAUUAAUAUCAAUAAUAAUUAAAUUGUAAAAAAAAAAAGAAAAAAGUUGAGGUUAAAGAUAUAUAUAAAGGCGUGAACUCAGCUUUUUUUGGAAUACAUAGUAUUGUAGAAAUAAACAAAUCUGUAUGUUUUAUUUAUUAUUUUAACGAUUGUGAGUAUAGAGCAUAAGGAAAGAGAAUAGCAGAGUAUACCAGAAAAAUAUGGGAGAUGUCUACUUGAAUAUUUCUAAAAAUGACAAAAAAAAAUAAAAAAGUAAAACAUAUCAGUGUACAUGUUAUGGUUACACGUUCUAGCAAUAAAGUCUAUCUUUUCAACAUGUAUUAGUCUCAAGCCAAGUUGCUUACAUCGAGUGUCUAUCAGGGGGCGUGUACACUGUAAAAAAUAUAUAUCACCUGAACACGUUGUCUAACUCAGUCGUAAAAUCUGUCCUCACAAAGUCCACUGGUGGCUGUGAGGAUCCCACUGGUUUCCAAUAGAGUUUCAUUUACACGACUAUAAAUCCCUGUCAUAACAAUGUUGUUUGAUUCAGAAAAGAAAAAAAAAAGUCUUGGGAUAAGUUUCCCCUUUGAGUUGGAAACGAGUGAAAAUCAGCCACGUUUGAUGAAAAUAAAAAUUGAAGACGA